UAUAAUUUAUCAUAUAAUAUUUUAUAACCAGUUCUAUAGACAAACCCUACAGUCUAGAUCAACGCUUCCCCCACCUGAACCAAAUCGGAAGAGCCUUGGAGAGAAAGGCCAGACUUCAGAGAAAACAAAAGCAACCGAAAUGAGCGGAGCCACUACGGCAGCGUAUUUAGCUCGAAGAGCAGCUCAAAAAGAGAGGGUUCGAAUCCUCUACCGCCGUGCCCUCAAAGACACCCUCAACUGGGCCGUCCAUCGCCACCUUUUCUAUCAAGAUGCCUCUGACCUUCGCGAAAAAUUCGAAGCCAACAGGCAUGUGGAAGAUCUCGACACAAUUGACAAACUGGUAGCUGCAGGUGAAGCAACUUAUGAUAAGUGGCGGCAUCCUGAUCCUUAUAUUGUUCCAUGGGCUCCUGGUGGUUCCAAGUUUACUCGAAACCCUGUCCCGCCAUCUGGGAUUGAGAUUGUGUAUGAUUAUGGAAGAGAAAACAAUGACUAAAACAUGCAUCUUUUCUAUCGCUAGAAAUAAAGGUCCUGAGCGUAAUGAGGGAUCAAGCGCAGCAACUAGUUUGCAUUCAUUCAAGUGAAAUGUGAUGAAGCUUUAAUAACAUUUAUGUCGAUGCCCCUUUAGAGUUAUUGUUGUGUGUCUGCCUUUUUUGUAUAAGAUCAUUGCUCAGAUUGAAGGGUAUCAAAAGGUUGUUGACAUUGCAUAGAAGUAUGAUGAUCAUUAAUCCUUCUUGUGAUACUA